ACAUAAUGGUAUAUAAGAAAUUAUUCGAGAUAUUUAUUCUAAUUUGCAGAUCGAAAUGUGUGGAAUUUUAGCUCUGUUUGGAGCUGAAAACUGCAAUGGAGAUUUAAGAGCUGAGCUGCUCUCUCUGUCUAAGUUACUCCGGCACCGAGGUCCGGACUGGAACGGAAUUACAUGCUUCAGGAAUUGUUACCUAGCUCAUGAAAGAUUAGCGAUCAAUGGACUGCUGUCGGGUGCUCAGCCCAUCACUAAUAUAUCCGGGGACUUGGCCUUGUCGGUCAACGGGGAGAUUUAUAAUCACCUGGAAUUGCGAGCUGAACUAGAGAAGAUAAAUCCCAAUGUUGUUUUUACAACGGAUUCAGAUUGCGAAGUCAUUUUGCAUCUUUUCAAAGAACAUGGACCAGAAUUCCUGAAAAAGGUGUACGUGAACGGAAUGUACGCUUUUGUUUUGUACGACAACUCUACUGAUACAUACUUUGUAGCCCGGGACCCUAUUGGAAUUAUCCCCUUGUAUAUUGGAUAUGGAUCUGAUGGUACUAUUUGGUUCUCCUCGGAACUAAAAGGUCUGCAAAAGAACUGUGAUCACAUCGAACUCUUUCCACCAGGCCAUUAUGUUGUUGGAAAUUCCUUGAAGAAGGAGAAAUUGAACCCUGAACCUAAACCCUUCUAUCAGGAUGAAUGGAUUUCUAAUCCUGAUUUUAUUCCCUGCAACCCAGUAGACUACACAGUAUUGAGGAAUAAUCUUGAGAGUGCUGUGCGUCGACAUCUUCUGGCUGAGGUUCCCUUCGGAGUUCUUCUCUCAGGUGGGUUGGACUCCUCUCUGGUUGCUUCUAUAGCACUAAGGGAAUACAAUAAGGCUGGAAAUCAAGGAAAAUUAAGAUCUUUCUGUAUUGGUUUGAAGGGAUCCCCUGAUCUGGCUGCUGCAGAACAGGUUGCAAACUUCCUGGGGACCCGACACUUCUCAUUCGAGUUCACUGUUCAACAGGGUCUAGAUGUACUGCAUGAUGUUAUCUACCAUCUGGAGACCUUUGAUGUGACAACUGUAAGGGCCAGUACUCCAAUGUUCCUACUGUCUAGAAGAGUAAAGGCAACUGGAGUAAAGAUGGUGCUGAGUGGGGAGGGUGCAGAUGAGAUAAUGGCGGGAUAUUUAUAUUUUCAUAAAGCACCAAACCCUGAAGAACUCCACAAGGAAACUGUUAGAAAAUUAAAGGAUCUACACAAGUAUGAUUGCUUGAGGGCGAACAAGUCCACCAUGGCCUGGGGUCUGGAAGCCAGGGUCCCCUUCCUGGACCGGGAGUUCUUAGAGUACGCAAUGAACCUGGAUCCUUCCUGUAAAAUGUCAGGAGACAGGAUUGAGAAGUAUGCUUUAAGAAAGGCAUUUGAUACUCCUGAGGAUCCGUAUCUGCCUCAAGAGGUUUUAUGGAGGCAGAAGGAACAGUUCAGUGAUGGAGUUGGCUACGGAUGGAUAGAUCAUCUGAAGAUUGAGGCAGAGAAUUCUGUGACAGAUCUUCAAAUGAAGUUUGCUUCUUCAAGGUUCCCUGUGUCUACUCCUCGUACUAAAGAGGAAUACAUGUACCGGGACAUCUUUUCUAAACACUUCCCCGCACCCGCAGCAGCUGCUACAGUGCCCCAGGGUAAAUCUGUAGCAUGUUCCACCCCUGCAGCUAUGGCCUGGGAUGAAUCUUUCUCCAGAAACGCUGAUCCUUCCGGUCGAGCCAUUGCAGGAGUUCAUGUUAAAGCGUACGAGUAAAAUCGUGGAGUUAGCGUUCAAGAAGAAUCGCGCUGAACCGUACGAAUUAAAUGCAAUUUUCCAAGGUAAUAAUGAAAGGAAAGUUAUUUCAGAGGAGUAUGCAUUUUAAGUACUGCAGUGUACUGUCUCUGGGCGGUAAAGUAAACACAAGACAGUCUGACAUGGGAUCUAUUUUCACCAAAAAAAUCUAUGAAAAAAUUCUGGUCAAAAGAAACUAUUAAGUGAAUUAUCAAAAUUUUCAAAACUAAAUGCUUUUAUCCUCCUCGGAUAGUAGAAGAACACUGAUGCAACUUUUCUUGUUUAUAAACACCGCCCAGAGUGAACUGGUUUCAAUGUACGCAGCUAGUAUAUGCAACCGCAAUUAAGUUUCCUUGCGUUAUUACCUUGCAGUUUUCUUUCAAAAAUAAAGCUUAUCACUGAUGUUACGUAUCGUCAGUACAAAAAACAUUUUUUUUCUUUUUGUAAAAGAUUUGUAAUACAUUUUCGUGCUAAAUGAAUAUUCUUAAAAAGC